GGGGCGGAGCACUAUUCUCGGCGAAUUAAUGUUACUUACAGUGAAAGUGAAAAUAAACAGCGCAUUUUGAAUUAAUUUUAAAUUCUACAUUAAAUUUGCACAUGCAAAAUGAGAUGCGAAAUUUUUAUUAAAGAGCUGGAUGGGAAAACAAGAUCAGUAUGUGUGAAUUCAGAAGAGGAACUGAAGAACACGACUGUUGAAGAGUUCAUCAGAAGACUCUGUCCCGAGGAAGACUUGAAAAAAUUCAUAUACAUCUUUAAUGGCCAAGUUCUGGAGGAUGAUUCUACACUUGCUUUUUAUGGCAUGAAACAGUUUUGUACUGUUAUUAAGAGGAUUCGUCUACGUGGUGGAGCCCCACCAGCUGAAGAUGGAGGAGAAGGAAUGCCCAGGAAUGCAUCUAUGGACAGAUUAACUGCAAUGCAGCAGACUGAGCCUGAACCCAAUCGAUAAUGUUGCAUGAUGUAGUUCAGUGCAUUUCAGUGCAGCCUCGUUUAAAUCCACAUACAUUUAUACUGUGGGCUGAUCAGUGUGAUCAUUUACUGCCAUAAAAUACACCAUCACACGAUUUCUUCUGAUUUCAGCCUUUAAAGUAAAAUAUUUCAUGACACCAUGAAAAGUGGACUAUCAAAAUAAAGUGUUACUGAGAAUUUGUAUGUAACGUAAUAUACAGAGUGAAAAGAAAAGUUUCUGAGAUGAAGCCAGUUAAUAAUUUAUUAUGAAACAUUAUGAACAUUGUGAUUUUUUUUAUUUUUAUAAUAACAUUCACUGAUCAAUAUCAGUAAGACCAGGAACGUUUCCUAUUUUUCGUAUGUGCAUAAGGCAUCCAUUAUAAAUUAUCUUGUGUCACAAAACAUUGUACUUUAAGAGGCUAAAAUCAGAACAUAAUAUGUGAUAUUGAAUUUUAAAUUUGAAUGAAAUACGUACAACAUAUGAACAACAGUGUUUAAAAUGAUUUAAAGUCUCCGUUUAUAGUCUUAAAACAGACUCUUCAUGUUGUCACGCAAAACAAAACCUUGUUUUCUCUAGCAGUGCUUUUAUAUUCAGGACACUUCAGUGAACUCUGCUCUUAAAGUAAAACAUAUAUUGCAUUAUAUUGAAUUAUCUUGUCAUUUUUUUAUAGCUGUUACACAAACUAAAACAAAGUGUUUAGGGCAACUUCUCAAAAUCAGACGUUGUUUUAUAUGAUUUUAUACAAUUUACGGCAUGUUGGUCAAAACAUUGACUUGUUUAAAUUUUUCCUGAGUUUUGUGUUUUAUAAUUAUUUUAUUGUUUAUAUUUAACACAUAUAACAGCUGAAAACUCAUCUCUUUCGACACUAUUUGACUUCAUCCUAAAUUUAAAAAAAUUAAAUUUAUUUUAUUUAUUUA